AUGACCGUUGCUACUUCAACCGUUGUUGGUGCGUUGGCAUGCCAGAGAAACUCGUUUUUGAAGUCUCUAGAGGCUCGUGUUGUCUCUUGCAAGCCGUACGAGCCAAUCAUGUCUGCGAAAGAUAAGCAGAACAAGAAUAAGAAGAAAGAAGUGCCAAAGAAAGAAGAACAGGAGUUGUACGCGGUGGAGCUUGAGGAUACUGCUCUUUUUCCUGAAGGAGGAGGCCAACCUUACGAUACGGGCAGACUUGUGCUUCCCGAUCGCAACGUCGAGGUGGUGAAGGUGUUGAGGCAGGGACUCACGGCAGUCCACGUAACAAAGGACAAAGUGGAGCCAGGGACACUCGUGAAGCUGGACGUGGACUGGGAUAGACGGUUUGAUAUCAUGCAACAACACACGGGCCAGCACUUGGUGUCUGCCGUCUUCGACACUUUCAACUUGGAGACUCUCAGCUGGUCCAUGGGAGACACUAUCAAUUACAUCGAGUUGCCACAGCGCGUGGACGAGGCCAAGCUUGCAGAGGCGUCAAAAAUCAUCAAUGAGAAGAUUGUGGAGAACAUACCAAUCACUGUGGCCACACCUGAUGACCACGGCGGUGAGAUUGACGUUUCUCAUAUCCCAGACGACUACGACAUGUCCAAGGGCGUAGUGAGGAUCGUUUCGAUAGGCAAAAUGGAUACAAAUCCGUGCUGUGGGACACAUUUACAGUCAACUGGACAGAUCCAGGCGGUGGCCUUGUUGCACCAGACAAAUAUUAGAGGAGGCAACUCUCGGUUGCAUUUUGCGUGUGGUUCAAGAGUGGCAAGGCUUCUAGAGAAGAACUACUUGAUGUUGAAGGACGUAUGUGGGUCGCAGUUGUCGUGCCAAGUAGAAGAGGUGGGGACAAAAGUAGCAGAGUUGAAUAUGAACUACAGGAAAGUCCAAUCUCGAGAGAAUGCUUUACUCAAGGAGUUGGCCAGCAAUAAAGCCAGUGCUGUUUUCGACACGUUGAAGUCAAAAGGCGUUGCUUACAUUUAUAGGGCAGACAAUUCUCCAGAGUACUUGACUGCUUGCCAGAAAGAGCUUCUUACCCUCAUCAACGGCAACACGGAAAGCGGCGUCAACUUGACCGACAACAACACCGUUGUGUUUCUCAACGGCGACUACAAAUCUGGAACCGGAGGUAUGAUCAAGAUCAUGGGUCCCAAAGCGGAGGAGUUGCUGAAGGAGAUAACGAAGCUCGUGAAAAACAUGAAAGGUGGCGGUAAGGGCCCCAGUUUUCAGGGAAAGGUGGUGAAAUACGAGAAGGGCGAGAUAGAACGUGUGCUCGAUUUUUUGGAGCAAAUAGAGAAGUAG